AUGGGACGCGCUGGGGUCCCCCCGCCCGGCACAGCUCCGCUUCGGCCGUGCCCUCUGUGCCGUGCCCGCUGUGCCGUGCCCGCUGUCCCCGCUGUCCCCGCGGCCGCAGCAGCGCCCCGGCAGCACCGAGCCCCCAGCAUGUUCCAGAGGAAGCGCAGCGUCUCCUUCGGCGGCUACGGCUGGAUCGACAAGACGAUGCUGGCCAGCCUGAAGAUCAAGAAGCAGGAGCUGCUGAACAGCACGGAUGUGGCCGUCCCGGAGCGGCCCCUGUCCCCUCCCCUGACGGCCCCCCCGACCAUGAAGUCGGCAGAAUUCUUCGAAAUGCUGGAAAAAAUGCAGGCACCAAAACUGGAAGAACAGAGGUCUGGAAGCCAAAAACACAAGGAAGACUACAUCCCAUACCCCAGCAUUGAUGAGAUCCUGGAGAAGGGUAGCCCAUACCCGCUGAUCAUCCUGCCCCAGUUUGGGGGGUACUGGAUAGAAGACCCAGAAAACCUCGGCACGCCCACCUCAUCUGACAGCAGCAUCUGCGAGGAGGAGGAGGAAAACCUCAGCCCCAGCACCUAUGGCUACAAGCUGGAGUGCAAGGGAGAGGCCAGAGCCUACCGCAAGCAUUUCCUGGGGAAGGAUCAUUUAAAUUUCUACUGUACAGCCAGCAGCCUUGGAAAUCUGAUCCUUUCUGUUAAAUGCGAGGAGACAGAUGGCACAGAAUAUUUAAGGGUUAUACUCAGGUCCAAAGUGAAGACAUUGCAUGAAAGGAUCCCAUUGGCAGGAUUCAGCAAACUCCCGAGUAUCCCCCAGAUUGCCAAGGCCUUCUGUGACGAUGCCUCUGGGCUGAAGUUUAACCCAGUUCUUUACCCCAAGGCAUCCCAGAUGAUAGUGUCUUAUGAUGAGCAUGAGGUCAACAACACAUUCAAGUUUGGUGUGAUCUAUCAGAAGUUCAGGCAGACACAAGAGGAGGAGCUGUUUGGCAAUAAUGAAGAGAGCACUGCCUUCAAGAACUUCUUAAGUUUUCUGGGAGACACCAUAACUCUCCAGGACUUCAAAGGUUUUCGAGGAGGCCUGGAUGUCAGCCAUGGGCAGACGGGAGUGGAGUCUGUGUACACGGUGUUCAGGGACAGGGAGAUAAUGUUUCAUGUCUCCACAAAGCUGCCUUUUACCGAAGGAGACACACAACAACUCCAGAGGAAGCGGCACAUUGGCAACGACAUAGUGGCAAUUAUCUUCCAAGAGGAGAACACGCCAUUCGUGCCAGACAUGAUUGCCUCCAACUUCCUGCAUGCCUACAUCGUGGUGCAGGUGGAGAACCCCGAGGCAGACAAUACAGCAUACAAGGUGUCAGUCACAGCCCGGGAAGACGUUCCCUCCUUUGGCCCACCCCUGCCGAGCCCGCCGGUGUUCCAGAAGAGCCCCGAGUUCCGGGAGUUCCUGCUGACCAAGCUCAUCAAUGCUGAGAAUGCCUGCUGCAAGUCCGACAAGUUUGCCAAGCUGGAGGACCGCACACGGGCUGCCCUGCUGGACAACCUGCACGACGAGCUGCACGGGCACACGCAGACCAUGCUGGGGCUGGGGCCCGAGGAGGACAAGCUGGAGAACGGGGGUCACGGAGGCUUCCUGGAGUCUUUCAAGAGAGCCAUCCGGGUGCGCAGCCACUCCAUGGAGACCAUGGUGGGCAGCCAGAAGAAGCACCAUGGCAGCGGCAUCCCAGGCAGCCUCAGCGGGGGCAUCGCCCACAACAGCGGCGAGGUGACCAAGACCACCUUCUCGCCCCCUGUCCCAGCUGUUGCUGCCAAGAACCAGUCCAGGAGCCCCAUCAAGCGCCGCUCGGGGCUGUUCCCUCGCCUGCACACGACAUCGGAGAGCCAGGCAGAGAGCAGGACAAGGUGUGACAGUGUUUCUGGAGCCCAGAAGACACCAGAUUUGGGACAUUCUUCCCAAGAGAUGAAAUCUGAAACCUCAUCCAACCCCAGCUCCCCUGAAAUAUGCCCCAACAAAGACAGGCCUUUUAUCAAGCUGAAAGAGAACGGGCGGUCGAACAUCUCCCGUUCCUCCUCCAGCACCAGCAGCUUCAGCAGCACGGCGGGGGAGAGCGAGACCCUGGAGGAGUACGACAGCGUGGGGAGCCAGCCCUCCACGGCGUCACCGUUCAAGCAGGAGGUGUUUGUGUACAGCGCUUCGCCCGGCAGCGACAGCCCCGGCGCGGGGGCCGCGGCCACCCCCGUCAUCAUGAGCAGGAGCCCCACAGCAGAUCUAAAGAACAGAAAUUCUCCAAGGUCCAACCUGAAGUUUCGCUUUGACAAGCUCAGCCAUGGCAGCUCCAGCAUGAGCCACUAGCAGGAGGAAGUCAUGAACUUGUCACAGAAUGUUUCAACAAAGGGAAAAAUCUUCAACACCCAUGGACCAUGCCCGCCCCGGCCAUGGGCAGCGAGGUGCCCUCGCCCACCACACCAGAACAGAGCUCUCACCUUGCUGCAGUGCUGUCCUGACAGGGACAGCCACCCUCUCACCCGCUGUGCAGCGCACGCCCUGUCCCCUCCGUGUGCAGGAGGGGACGUGUCCCUGCCUGUGCUGCACGCGUGGCCAGGGCCACGUCCCCUCCUGGUCACCCUGUGCU